AUGAAUAGUGAACAAUUGCAUCAUUGUUGUCGUUAUGUUGAAGGCUCUGCUCACUCCUCAUCCAAACACCACAAAAGGCUGAUCAGCAAAUGGCCAUCGUUUCUUUCAUCUCUAUUGAUUAUUGCAACACUCUUGAUUUUCUUGAGCUUGUUCCGAUUUCCUUCCGAUCUGAAUCAUGAUGAAUUGGAUCAUCAUCGGAUCCAUGAAUUUAAUGUCGUACGAGCUCAAGCCAUACCUGGCAGUGGUGCCAAUCCAAUGAUGGAUCAAAUGCCAAAUGUGAUGAUGGAUCCCAAUCAACAGUACCAUGUACAGGAGGUAAAAUUAUCCUUUUCCGUGCAAGACUUGAUUGUAAAUAAGAAAAUUUUGGAUCUUAAUUUAUUGUAUAAUAUUGGACUUCCUCAACCUCCAGGAACAGUGACUGUGGGUACACCUGAUAAGAACAUUCAAACAUCUAUGAUUAAUUUUCUUCAGUUUUUGAAUCACAUGCAUCGAACGGAUUUGUUCCAUCCCUUAACGGACUCUGAGAAAUUUAAUGGUAAAUUCAAGGCCCUCGCUCAAAACAUUAUUGGCUAUGUGUUGACACCUGGGAACAGCGUUGAAGAUGGUAUUGCGAGUGACAAUGAAAGAUCUCCAAUUUUGAAACUUUUCAAACUUUCCCAACAAGAGCUUGAUCGUAUGGACUUAUUGAUGAAUAAGACCCAGGAACAGGUAUCAACACUAAGUGAAACGUUUUUGGCUCAAUAUGUGACACGAAUGGAGCCUGUAGAAUUUGAAGAAGAGGAAGAACAACAAGUGACAGUAACCUCUCACGUUAAAGCUGAGAUUGAAAAAUUGAAAAAUUUCCUCAUUCAAAUAGCUCGAAUCUACAAGACCCAACGAAUUAAUAUGAGACGAAUGGGUCUUGUCAAAGGUCCCAAUAAUGAACCUGCUCCAAACCGUGCCUUGAAAUAUAUUGUUAUUGGUUCUGGACCUGUUGGACUUUUGAGUACCAUUGAAGCCUCUUUAAUCCUUCCAAAAGUAUAUGUUAUUGAGAAGAGAACUGAUUUCUCUAGAGAUGUCUGGUUUGAUUUGUAUCCAAAACCAUUCAGCCAAUCGGUUGAACUCCUCGAAGAAUUAGGUUUUCCAAAUGAGUUUCCAAACUUGGAAGCGAAAUUGAAUACUGUUGCAGAUACGGACGGCAAGGAACGAACAACAUAUACCAUCCGUUGUCAAAUGACACAACGAUUCCUUACCAAAGUGACGUUCCUUCUUGACAAUGUGCAACACAUAUUUGGUUACCAAUAUAUCAAUCAAUGCAAAACGAAACCAGGAUCGAAUGGCAAAAGUAGCAAAUCAUGGACAUCAAGAUGGAGUGACUUUAAGAUUGAGCCCAAUGCAGAAUAUGCUGUUGUGAAUUUCCUCAAGACUAACAAUAAGGAUUGUUCUUCUACUCUCGAUUUCAUGUCCGUAUCUGAGCAAUUGGAUCUAUGCUCAAACAUUGACACUGACUCAUUUACCACUAAAAAUGGAAAGGUGUGUGAACUAGAGAAAAUUCCAUUUGAAAUUCUUAUCGGAAGUGACGGAUUGUACAGUACGGUGAGAAGUUCUCUCAACAUUAGUACUCACGAUAUUCAUUCCUUUGACGUCUCGAAUACUGUUUACGCAAGAGGUCUUCCAAAACCUGCCAUUCCUAAAAUUACUGUGAAACCAAAACUCGAACAAGUUGCCUUAAUUAUUAACUUUAAGAGAGUGGGUGAUAGAGAUUGUCCAGAUACUGCUAUUGAUGAAGAUACUGGAGAUUUUAUUGAUCCAUGGAAGCCCAGUUUAUUGUUGCCAAAUGUGUGUAGUGUGUUCAAGAGAUUCUAUGCUGGUCAUUGCCACAUGCAAAUUUUGUUCGACAAUGAGUAUGGUCAGAAAGCCAUUGAAAAGUACAUGACAGCAAGAAGAAAAGCUCUCAGCAAGCUAUUGGAAGAGAGUGGUCACAAUCAUGUGAAUCUCAAUGCAACUGAUACCAACGAUCAACAAAACGCGAACAACGGAGACAACAAGUUGCGAGAUCUCAUCUUGAAUACUGAAGCUAAAGAAAUCAGAAGUGCUGCUUUUGCUGAUGCCUCUCGUGAUUCAUCCUAUGUUAAUUCCGGUGCAUCUCAAGAGAAAGCUGUGUCGAAUUGGGAAGAAGAGGCCUUUGAUUGGGAGAAAAUUCUCACCAUUGUGAAUACAGUUCUCGCCAACAAGUAUGAAACAAUUGGUGCCUUCAGAAAAGCCAUUGUCAACACCGAUACUUUUACUGGCGACAAACAAUUACAAAAACAAUUUGAUAUGGUUCUAUUAAGGGUCGUGUUACAGAAGGCUGACAAUUUAACAACCACCAUUGCCUUAGAUAAUCCAUCCUCUCCAUUCGCUGUCAAUAUUUUGAAGGGUGAUAGUGUGGCGAGUGCUCACUUCCGUCUCGGAGUUGGUGUGAAUAAUGCAUUCCUUGCUUACGGUGAACUUACUGCCUUCAUUCAACAACUCUAUAGCAAUAACUAUGCGAGUGUGACAGCACCACCUUCUCGAGAAACUCUUCAGAAACAAUUAUCUCAAGUUCUUUCAGAUUAUGAAGCCAAAGCUCAAUUCAGAUGGAAUCGUCUAAUCAAUUAUAUGGCAACGGCCAUGUACUUUGAAUCAUUUUGUGAUACAGUCGUCUUUAUUGACCCUGGCGAAUACUUUGGUGUUCAAACCAUUCAAGAAAAAGAUUACGACAAUUUAGAUUAUAUUCCAUUCGAUAACUUGUUGCAAGUUCGAAGAUUCUGUCAAAAUCAUGACAAACUUUCUGUGUGGUGGAAUUAA